AUGGCCAACAACGACGAGGCGCCGCGCGCCGAAGGCGUCGUGAAGUUCGAGCUGACCGAGGUGUCGAGUCUGAACAUGACCGGCAAAAUGUCGGCGACGCACAUCAUCGGCGGCCUUCCGUGGAGUCUCACGGCGAUGACGUGCUUCGACGCGAACAGCGUGAUCUAUCUCGGCGUGUUGGCGAAAUGCAAAUUCGAGGGCCGCCAAUCGGAAAUGGAGUGCGACGCCGACGUCGAGUUUCGUGUGAUCGGACGAGCGCGCGACGACGCGACGCCGCCGCCGUUCGCCGCCAAGACCAUCCACAAGACCUAUUCGAAGGACGCCGUCAAUUGGGGCGUCGUGCGCUUCUUGAAAUGGAGCGACUUCACCGACGUCGACAAUGGCUAUGUGACGAAUGACACGGCGCAGAUUGAAGCGAGAGUUGUCAUCAAGAAGAUUCAUGACAACAACGAUGUGCCGAUGCACAAACUGAACGUAUUGGGUUGCUAUCAUUUCCGGUUCGACGUCACCACGUUCACCGGUCUCGCCGAAUGGUCGCCGUCGCGGUUCUUCAACAUCCCAUGGGUGAUCUCAGCGAGCUUCGGCGAACUCGAUCCGAUCAGUCGGGCGCCGUAUCUCGCGCUCGGCCUGAAAUGCAAUCACGAGAGCCUCAGCAAUCUCUGGUCGUGUCACGCCGAGUUCGAGUUCAAGCUCGUCAUCGAGACGCCGCACGGCGAGGUCAAUCCGUCGAUCAAGAAUGGAACGCACGUGUUCACGAAGCGACACAAUCAGGCGAUGGUGCCGCGUUUCAUCAAAUGGAACGAGUUGCUCGCAAUGACCAACGGCCUCGUCACCAUCGACUUCAUGCUCAAAGUGACGAAAGCCGAAGGGCUGUACGUUCCGCGAGGAUACGAUUUCACGAAGCCGUCGAAUUUUGCUGACACGACGCUCUCCAUCGGCGACAAUCAUCUUUAUGUCAACAAAAUGCUACUAUCAUCUUUCUCGCCAUUCUUCGAGAACCUCUUCAAUCAGCCAAACGAAGAGAACCAUUAUCGACUAACCGAUAUCGACUCGAACGAGUUCAUCGAGCUCCUCCAUGUCAUCUAUCCAUCGCACUAUCCGGUCCAUGAAUACAAUGCCGAAUUUUUGCUCAAAGUCUCCGAGAAGUUCAAAAUCGAUUUUGUCAAAUAUGAAUGCGAGAAAUUUUUGGUGUCGACGGUGAAAGUCAACAAAAACGACAAAAUCCGAAUCGCCGACCGAUACAAAUUGGCGACAUUGCAGGACGCGUGGCUGAAAUCGUGCGACGACGUCGUCGAGCUCAACGCGUUCCGCUUAACGAAUGAGUUCGAGAAGCUCGGAAACGACACGAAAUUCGCGAUUCUCCACCGAACCAUUGAUCUAUACGCGAUUAAUAAUGAGAGAGCUUGUCCUUCGACGUCAUCUGCUGACUCGGCCAACUAG